GUAAAAUGACCCAUGAUGGCUCUAGCACGUAGCACGUGGCACGUGCCGCUUGAGCAACUUGCUAAAGAGAGUUGAGGCAAGAGCCGCCUAUUGUCUCUUGCGCUGUACGACUCUCCAUUAUUGUUGCUGUAUAGAAAAUACCUUGCCUAUCAAUUACUUCCCUCAACUUCUAGCGUGGAGUGACGCAGCUCUUCUUACGAAACUUCUCGAAUCCCACCGACCGCCUUAUCCGAAGGUUUCAGGACUCUGCGGGGAACCCGUCAGUUACGUGACCAGAUACACGACCAAAACCAUAAUCUCAAUCCUUUUCUUUUUCGACCUCUACCAUGUCCUCCGCUGUCGUGCAUAGCGACGACCUCAUGGAGCCCACGCUCCAGUCGGUCGUCAACCAGAAAACCUUGCGCUGGAUCUUCGUCGGUGGUAAGGGAGGUGUCGGCAAGACUACGACCUCCUGCUCGCUUGCGAUUCAGCUGGCCAAAGUCCGCAAGUCUGUUCUGCUUAUCUCCACCGACCCCGCGCACAACCUGAGCGAUGCCUUUGGACAGAAGUUUGGAAAGGAGGCUCGACUGGUCGAUGGCUAUACCAACUUGAGCGCCAUGGAGAUCGACCCCAAUGGCAGUAUCCAGGACCUUUUGGCUAGUGGUGAAGGCCAGGGAGAUGACCCAUUAUCCGGGAUGGGUGUGGGCGGCAUGAUGCAGGAUCUGGCUUUCAGCAUUCCCGGUGUUGACGAAGCCAUGUCCUUCGCUGAGGUCUUGAAGCAAGUCAAGUCCCUGUCUUACGAGGUGAUCGUUUUCGACACUGCGCCCACCGGCCACACUCUCCGCUUCCUCCAAUUCCCUACCGUCCUCGAGAAGGCUCUCGCGAAGCUGUCGCAGCUGUCCUCCCAGUUCGGCCCCAUGCUCAACUCUAUUCUGGGCGCCCGUGGAGGUUUGCCCGGCGGUCAGAACCUCGACGAACUGUUGCAGAAGAUGGAGUCUCUCCGGGAGACGAUCAGCGAGGUGAACUCCCAGUUCAAGGAUGCCGACCUUACCACCUUCGUCUGCGUCUGCAUCGCUGAGUUCCUGUCGCUGUACGAAACCGAGCGCAUGAUUCAGGAGUUGACCAGCUACAACAUUGACACCCAUGCUAUCGUCGUCAACCAACUGUUAUUCCCUAAGCAGAGCAGCGCGUGCGAACAGUGUAAUGCACGCCGAAAGAUGCAGAAGAAGUACCUUGAGCAGAUCGAGGAACUCUACGAGGACUUCAACGUUGUCCGGAUGCCUUUGUUGGUUGAGGAAGUAAGAGGCAAGGAGAAGCUUGAGAAGUUUAGCGACAUGCUUGUAAACCCAUAUGUUCCCCCGGAGGGCAACUAACGGAUGCGGGACGAUUCUUUGCAUGAUAUUUUGUUGCAAGUAUGCCUUUUGUCUGGAUGAGUCACGAAAAGAUCAUAGACAGUAAUGCAAGAAGCGUUUUGGUGAUUCUGAAUAUUAAUUUUACCCUCUUGAGCUGGGGAAUCUGGUUUGAUGUAUUAGCUCAAGGGGUUUGUCUUCCGCAUCGGCAUGUUGAUUUGGAUCUCUGUACUAUGACUUCACCUUCUGCCUGCAGCUCCAUCUAUACUCUUCGAUAAUGUUCAUUUCCUUCGCUUCGACCACGAAAUCCUUGCAGUAUUGACGAGCAGCCUAACGUCUGAGGAGUCCUAGGCCAUGGCCCUU